CCUCGGGCUCUUUCUCUUGCCAGCUGGACACUGAGUACAGGAAGAAAUGGGACUCGUUGGUCAUCAAGCUGGAUGUCAUCGAGAGGGACGUGGCCACGGGCUCAGAAGUGGUUCACUGGGUCACUCACUUCCCGUACCCCAUGUACUCCAGGGACUACGUCUACGUCCGGCGCUACAGCGUGGACAAGGAGAACAACCUGAUGGUGCUGGUCUCACGGGCAGUGGAGCACCCCAGUGUCCCUGAGGACCCCGAGUACGUCCGGGUCAGGACCUACGAGUCCCAGAUGGUCAUCAGGCCCCACAAGACCUUUGAUGAGAAUGGUUUUGACUACCUGCUGACCUACAGUGACAACCCCCAGACCGUGUUCCCCCGGUACUGUGUCAGCUGGAUGGUCUCGAGUG